AUGAAUAAAAUUAUUUUUUUAGUCAACAAAUAGGUUGGUUAAGGGCCAAUCUAAAGGCUGUGCCUGCUUAAUAAACAUAAGAAUCAUUCAAUCAACUUUCAAGGAAGAGUUGAGUUCAUGUAGAAAAAUGCCCAGCAUAGUAAGGACCUUGCAAUUUAAGGUCCAUCUCUUUGGUCAAAAAGAUUACUGAAAGUUAAUUAAUGUAAGAUGGAAGGAUCAGCUCAGAACGUUAGAGAAAGCAGGGCUUAGAAAGCAAUUUUGGAAAAAUUUAUACGAUUAGAAGGCAAAUAAACUAAGUUUCAAAGUACUAAAGUCUGUUGAUCAGUAUUUCCAUCCAAUGGACUUGGCCAUUGAAGAGGUUGAUUCUAACCUAGAUGGUCAUAUCAACGAGGACAUCGAGGAUAUGGAAAUGUAUUUUGAUGGCCAAUUAUACAUAAAUUCGAGCAAGAAGGCAUCUAUGAUCAAAAAUUUAAAUUUUGGUACACUCAGGUUAGAUAAUCUGAGAAUGACUAUAGACAAAGUGAUAUUUCUCAAUUUACUUCAUUCCGUACAGAGUUAACAAUCUUGUGCUUCAUAAUGAUGAAAACGAUACAGUCAGUCUCCAGUCCAGAUAUUUUGAUCGGAUUCUGAGAGUUAAUUUCAAGAUCUCAAGAAAAAUAAUUUUUGAUGGAUUUUGAUUAAAUUUUUUCCAACUUAAGAGAUUCUUUAAAGCAUCCAGACAUGCUGAGAUAUUGGGGUUGAUGCACUGUAAACUUUCCAUCCCUAAAAUUUCUGAUUUUUCUAAGGCAUUGGAGAAUACUAAAGUCCAAAUGAUAAUUUUUCUAGUCUAGACUCAACACUGCAAGAAAUUUGAAGAGAUCCACUGGAAUUUACUUAUUUACUUAGAGAAUUGACCGCUCUGCAGAUUUAAAGCUGAGUCUUAAAAAAAUAGACUUAAGAAGAUGUGUGACAGAUAAGACAAUUUCAAAUGGCAUAUUUGAUGAGAAUGGAUUUGACAUUAAGUUUUGUCAAAUAUCUUUAAAUAUUAUGAUUAUAAGUUAAAAAUCAUACAAC